AUGCUGAAUGGUUUUGACGAUCCUCAGACCUCUUUGACUAUUCGAUUUCCGGCUGAUCGUCGAUCGUCUGUUCAAAUUCUAGCAAUGUGUCGAGCAGGAUGUCAUCUCGAACGCGUUGAUGCGAAUCCGAGCAAACAUUCGACCGUCACGAUCGAGGUCGUCGCCCCGUUGUCGUCGUCGUCGACGUCAGCAUCUUCACCAUCGCCAUGGCCAUCGUCGCCCCAACAGUGUUGCCAUUUCGGGACGGACACGAGAGGACAGACCGGAUAG